UGUGAUUGGCCGGCGCGACGCUCUGUUUUGGAAGUCCUCUGAGGGCCUGUGUCCGUUGUCGGCGCGGCUUCCGUUCCCGCUCCCCGGCUUCGGGCUCGGCCUUGGGAGACAAUGCGAGUGUGAGCGGGUGGGUGAGCCGGCGUACGGAGAGGCACCGGGGAGCAGGAGGAGGAAAGGGAGAAAGGCGACGCCAUCGCCAUGGACAAUCAGUGCACUGUGCAGGUUAAAUUGGAACUAGGCCACCGAGCCCAGCUUCGGAAAAAGCCCACCACUGAAGGAUUCACCCAUGACUGGAUGGUCUUCGUCAGAGGACCAGAACAAAGCGAUAUUCAGCACUUCGUGGAAAAAGUGGUUUUUCGGUUGCAUGAGAGCUUUCCAAAACCCAAACGAGUUUGCAAGGAACCACCUUAUAAAGUAGAGGAGUCUGGCUAUGCUGGAUUUAUUAUGCCGAUUGAUGUCUACUUCAAGAACAAGGAAGAGCCCAAAAAGGUUUGUUUCACAUAUGAUUUGUUUCUGAAUCUGGAAGGGAAUCCACCUGUAAAUCAUCUACGCUGUGAGAAACUUACCUUUAACAACCCAACCAAGGAAUUUCGACGCAAGCUUUUGAAAGCAGGAGGGGUUAUGGUAAUGCCUGAAGGAACCGACACAACCUCCAGACCAAGUCCAGACUAUCCCAUGCUGCCGACGAUUCCUCUCUCCGCAUUCUCUGAUCCAAAGAAAAGCAAACCAUCUCAUGGGUCAAAGGACACAAACCGAGAAAGCAGCAAAUCCUCAAAACCUCACAAAGUCACGAAAGAGCACAGAGAACGACCUAUGAAAGAUACUGAGAACAAGCCAACUGUAAAAGAACCAGAAAAGGAACACAGUAAAUCAUCCAAGGAAUCAUCGCGAAAAUCAGCAGAGAGUAAGACUUCAAAGGAAGAAAAGGCCACACCAAAGGCAACUUCUAAAGAACCAAAACCUGCCUUCAAGGAGUCUAAACUAGACAGCAUGUCGCCCAAGGGUGGAGGUAACCUCCAUCAGGAAUCAAAGCCUAGUAUUAAGAGGCCCUCUAACACAGAUUCACUGAAGGCAAAUGCCAAAAAACAAAAGAAAAGCACUUCUGAGUCAUCAAAAAGUUUCCCAAGUGUCUCGCCAAGAAUUUCUUCUUCCUCUUCUUCUUACGCUGAAAAAAAGAAAUUGAAUGAAAAAGAAAAGGAAAAAGUGAACAUUAAAAUAGAGAAAGUUAAAUCUGAAAGUAAUGUGAAAGAAGUGAAGAAGGCAGUGGAUUCAGAUGACUGUAAUUCAGAAGAUGAAGUGGUGUCCAAAUCUGAGUCUGUACGGACCAGUCAGUCCAACUCAAGUUCAAGUUCAGAUUCAAGCUCAGAUUCUGAUUUUGCACCAUCUCAAAACCACAGACAAGGGCCCCUGCGGUCUAUGGUAGAGGAAAUCCAAUCGGAAGGCUCUGAUGACGACAGCAGCUCCGAGGAGGAAAGGCCUGUAAAAAACAUCGCAGUUAGCAGAGAUCACAGAUUGAGUUUAAGUGAUGACAGUGGAAGUGAAAGUAGCGAGAACUCCAACGUCAACACCCUGGACCAGCCACAGAAACACGUAGCUGCUAAUAACAAGACAUCUGGCAGAAAAAGUCCUGAAAACUGUGAAAAACCUGAAAAGCUAUGUAAAAAAGGAUUGCAAGACAAGUCAUAUACUGAAGAGUUGGUAGAUCUGCAUCGCAGGUUAAUGGCAUUAAGAGAACGCAAUGUGUUACAACAGAUUGUAAAUCUGAUUGAAGAAACAGGACAUUUCAAUGUUACAAACACAACUUUUGACUUUGACCUUUUCUCACUGGAUGAAACCACCGUCCGUAAGCUACAGAGUUACUUAGAAGCUACAGCCACAUGACAAGACUUGGGCUUUCAAUGCAGACUGUAGUAUUUUUAAAUAAAAACUAAGACGUUGGACUUCAAUCCCUGUAUGAUGGAAGGUACAACCUAAGGGAUGAGCGACAGUGUACUGGAUAUUGAAAACUUUGUUUCAAAACUGAGGCUCAACUUAAAACCGGAGCUGCAUGGGAUUAAGAAAGUCAUUGUCAAAGCAUAAAUUUUAUCGCCAUUUAUCAAUUCCCGAAAGGAUAGCUAUUCUACUAGGUCAGGAGAAGAAAGAAAGGAAGAAUAGUGAGUGACUUUCUACUCCAAGAGGUGUUCACCUCUACAUGCUACCAGAGGAACAAGAAAGAAAUGUUUUUAAAGAAACAUUUGAUGAGACUUUUGUUUUAGUUUUUAGUGAAUGUUAAAUUUUACCCGAAGACAAUAGAAUUAAUGUAUAUAUUCUGCAAGAACAAAUGAGCUACAUCCCUGAUGUGAACCGAAGAAUUCUGUGGUUUCUAAUAAAAUGCCAAAUGAUACAGUUUUGCUGUGGAAAUAAAAUUCUGUAAAGUGCUAGACACAUUACUGAACUUGGUUUCACUAAUGUAGUCUCUGAAUCCAGUACAGAUCUAUUGCAUUGUAUAUUAUCUAAAGAAUAUAUAUUUUUGAACCCAUUGAGUACUGACUAUCCUUUCCCACUUCCGUAAUAUGUACACAUUUUAAACACAUUUAUUUUAACCAAUAUCUAAUUAAGCAUUUUUUUUUAAACUUGCUACAUAGAAGGACACCAAAAUUCAAAGAAUUUUACAACACAAGAGACCACUUAUCCCUGCCCCUUCUGGACCUAGCCUCCAAAGACAUUUCUUGCAUCUGCUGUUAAACCAUAUCAUCUUUUUUUUCUUUUAGGUUGCAGGUCUAUUUCUCUGCCACAGUUUCUUAAUUCUUAUUUGCCUAACUUUUGUCGUCAAGCUGAUGUGGAAUCUUAUUGUUGUAUUUUGCUGAUCCAUAAAUACUCCAUCUGCAUUUUGUUUCACAACAAUUUUCCCCCAAAGAACUGUUAACGAUACAUUUAAUUUUGCAGACACCAAGUUAGACCAAAUGGUAAAUGAGUCAUAGUAGAAUAUUGCAAAGACAUAUUAAUAAAAGUGCAAACUCAGAGUUCAAUGUUUGAAUCAAAAACAAAGUUCCUGGAAAAGCUGAGCAGGUCUGGCAGCAUCUCUGAAGGAAUUAACAGUUAACAUUUCGGGUCCAGUGACCCUUCGUCAGAAAUAAUGGUGGCUGGGAAAAUGUCAAUUUAUAUGCAGAAAAUAGGGAGGUGGGUGUGGUAGGGAAUAAACGAUAGGAUAGAGCCCAAAGAGAGAGAAAGACAUUUGGACAGACAAAGGAGUUGCUAAUGAUCAGGCUGGGAGGGUGAGUAGUUGUUAAUGGGGACUGUUACUGACUAACCACAGAGGGUGUGUAAUGGCAGACUGUGUGGUAACAAGGCCUGGUGUGUGGGGUGGGAGCCUGGGACAUGGGAAAGUUUAGGCCCUAAAAUUAUUGAGCUCAAUAUUGAGUCCUGAGGGCUCUAGGGUCACCAAGUAGAAAAUGAGGUGUUGUUCUUCCAGCUUGCAUUGGGCUUCGCUGGAACACUGCAGCAAGCCAGAGACAGAGAUAUUGGCCAGGGAGCAGGGUGGUGCCAUUCAAUGUCUGAAUGUUGGCCAUCGUCCACUUUGAACCUAAGAAUUCUCUAAAUGUUGUGAAUCCACGAAUGAUAGAUAUAAAAGAAUCCCAAUAUCAAAAUGCUUAAAAGCUAAGGGGCAUAGUAUAAAAAAAUUAUUAUUCAAUAGGCCAAUGCGAUAAGGAUUGCAACAGAAGGGAGUGAAAGUUGCACUGAUAGAGUCAAAUCAGCUGUGAUUGACCCCAUCUGAAGUACUGGAUUCAGUUCUUGACAUUGUAUCUUAGGACCGCUACGUUGCCAGGCAGGGUCUGUGACAGUGUGCUAUUAGCAUUGUUCAGCUUGUUGAUGAGAUCAACGUGUGGCCUGAUCUGGAAGGUGAAUUUGGACCAGGUUGCAGAGUGGCUAGAAAAGGCCAAGAUGAAUUUUAAAUUUGAACUUUUCUCUGGUAUUUCUAGGCCUGAAGUUGUGCCUGUAUAUUUACUGGAGAGUGGUUAUCAGCUUCCAGUUGACCACCUUUCCUCAUCUAGAUCACCUCCUGGCGCAACAGUUUUUCACUUGUUUUUCUUCUUUUCAACCACAUGCAAUAGCACUUCACUAGCUAUUUUGCACCAUAAUUAGCACACAGUUUGAUAAAAUUUGUAGUUCAUCUUUCCAAUUGCCAAAGUAGUGCCAUUUUAAAAAAAUUGAAACCCAAAAGCUUUCUAGCACCAAUCAUUACUUGUGUUCCAAUACAAAAGAGGACUAUCAUAUAUCAUGUAGCAUGGUCCUAAAUAUUCUAACAGUAAUGGUUGGAAAAACUUCCAACAGUGGAAUUGCAUUGUCAGAGAUAGGUUCCAUGGUCUUGUUUCAAAUCAUAGCAGUUGAUAAAAGUUGCUGCAGAAUUUCUGGUGCUGGACUGGGCAUGUUGCAUUUACAUAGGGGUUUCAAUUCUUGUCAGCAAUGUUUUUAAAUUCUAAUCCAAAGUUUUACACAAUGGAACCAUUAGGAUAACCUCUCCAGGAAAGUCAUACCUUUAUACCCGAAAAAGGACGUUAGCGCAUCUUACACCAUUCAGCAUCUACUGUUAGCCCCUUUGAAGCCUGAGUAAAUACCACAUUACCCAAAUCAGAGAGGGUGCAGUGAGAAUGAAGAAUCAUUUGGGCUUUGGAUGACCAUGUGUUUGAGGGGUGGAUUGAUUAUAGGGAAGGUGAUGUCAGCGGGGAGAGUAGCACAAUAAGGUUACUGCCAAUUUUUUAAAAAUUUAGACUGACACAAGAGACAUGGAAAUUCCAGGCCAUUAUUCCAGUGGACUGGAUGGAUGUGAGGACACUGGGCUGAAGGUUGUGUCCCAUACUGAAAUCAUCAGAUUUUCUCUCGUAUUGAAGCUGAGUCCUCUCUUGGGAUCUGGUAAGAUAUGUAAGCACUGGGUCCAUUCGAGUGUUGGAUCAAAGGACGUUUUUCUGUUGGGAUUAUUGAAAUUAUAUUGGAAACUUGUACAAUCUGUUGUUACAUGGACUGAGACUAGUAGAUACUAUUUCCCUGUGUACUAUAUGGUUCAGUUUUGUUGCUUGUAAAUAAUGAUUUGGUUGUCUAAUACCCAAGUAUUGCUAAAAAUAAAGACAUUUUAUUUAAGCAUUUUAUCUGCCCUGCCUGCAAGAUGAUAAUCUUUUAACAAAAUGUCUUUUUUUCAGCAAUGAAAAAAACUUGAACUUUAUCUUCUGUUAGUAAGUACUUGUUAACCGAUUAUUGCUAUAAAGCAGUGCAGCUAGACCAAAAUGUGGGGUAACAAUUUUUAUCCUUAACUGAUCUGACUGUUACCAUGUUUUAAGUGAAGAGGUGUUCACAGAUUUUUUUUUUCAUUACAAUUGCUACUGCUUAAAACAAAUGUAGCACUCUGCCUUUUCUGUUUUUGAGUUUACCUGGUCAUGGUCACUGCUGGUCUAAUCUAAAAAGUAAUCAGUCACGUUAUCAUACGAAUGGGUCUUCUGUUUUUCUGUUCAUCAAAUCACUGAAAAUCUAACAAAUGUAAAAUGAUCUUUUUUUAAAAACUCCAGUAGUAGGACCCUUUGACAUAUCAUCCUUCUGAAAGAUUACUGGUUUCACAACUUUAUUUGCAUCACAAUGCUAUGAAGUACGCAAUUGUUCAACAUUGCAUAUUACAUGUUCAUGCAAAAUUUACAGACUGCAGCAAUAGAAUAAAACAUUACA